AUGGGAUCUGAAUUUAUACGGGACAUUGCAAAAUUUUUGGACUUUCGGAAGGAAACCAUCGAAACAUUAACUGAUAUUUAUAACGAAAUGCAAGCAGCCGGCAAAAACUAUAAAAAGACAAAUGUAUUGACUAAAACUUUGUCUGUUGUCUCGGGUGUAACGUCGGUUGGUCUAACUGUAGCAGCACCGUUUACAGCGGGAGCUACCGGUGUUCCGGCAGCACUUCUUGCAACUGUUAGCGGAGUAGGAUCAGGCGCAUCAUUGGCGGCGACUGUGGUUCAGGCAAUUAGUGAAAAAGGCCUCAUGAAAAAGGCAAAAGAAAUUUUAGCAAAAGAUAAAACAGCUCUUCAACGAAUGAAAAAUACCGUUGUCUUAUUGAAAGAUUUGCAAUCGAGUGCUUCCAGUACUAGCAAGUUUCUUUCCAAAGCAGCCGAACUUGGUGUUGCAACAACACAAGAAAUGCAUUCGAUACUGCAGAAUCCUAACACGGCAAAAGCUAUGGUGGCAAUGACAAAGGUCAAGGAAAUAGUAGAUAAAGUAAAUAAUGUCUUAAAGAUUGCCACACCCGUGAUCAAUAUAAUCACAAUUCCAGUUGGUGUUUGGGAAAUCAUUGGCGAUUUAAAGGAUUGCGAUGCCGGGAAAUAUUCUGCAAAGGCGAGCGAACUUAAGACCACAAUUGAUGAACUUCAAACUGAAUACAACACAGCUAACGAUAUGUAUGAAGCGCUAAAGAUGUGA